UAAAUAAAUUAGGCCAUUUCCCUCUUCCAAUUGCCCCAAAUUUCUACUUCCACGAAAUAAUACUACACACCAUCAUCGUCAUGCAAACACUUACCUCAAACCACAUUCCACUUACCCGGAAUCUCCCUCCCUUCCGCCUCAACUCCCCCCCGCCUCUCUACCGCCUCAGAUUCCCUCCUUCCCUACAUCCAAUUUCAGCCAUUGCGGCUCCGGCUCUGGUUAAGAAUCGGAGAAUGCACUCAAUGCCGCCGGAAAAGAUUGAUGUGUUCAAGUCGUUGGAAGGAUGGGCGAGCCAGAAUGUGCUGCCGCUGCUGAAGCCGGUGAAUGACUGCUGGCAGCCGCAGGAUUUCUUGCCGGAUUCGACGCUGCCCUACGGGGAAUUUCUGGAGGAAGUUAGGGCUCUGCGGGAACGGACGGCGGAGCUGCCGGAUGAGUACUUUGUGGUGUUGGUUGGGGAUAUGAUUACGGAGGAUGCAUUGCCGACUUAUCAGACGAUGAUUAAUACGCUGGAUGGAGUUAAGGAUGAGACUGGGGCUAGCCGGAGCCCGUGGGCCACGUGGACUCGGAAUUGGACCGCCGAGGAGAACCGGCACGGCGACUUGCUCCGGACAUACCUUUAUUUAUCCGGUCGAGUUGAUAUGAUGAUGAUUGAACGGACUGUUCAGUAUUUGAUCGGCGCCGGCAUGGAUCCAGGGACGGAGAAUAACCCAUACUUAGGAUUCGUGUACACCUCAUUUCAAGAGCGAGCCACGUUCAUAUCUCAUGGCAACACCGCUCGCUUGGCCAAACACCGCGGCGAUCCAGUCCUUGCACGUAUCUGCGGCACCAUCGCCUCCGACGAGAAGCGCCACGAGAACGCAUAUUCCAGAAUCGUCCAGAAGCUUCUUGAGGUGGACCCCACGGGUGCCAUGCUGGCAAUAGCUGACAUGAUGCAGAAGAAGAUCACCAUGCCGGCUCACCUCAUGUACGAUGGGCAGGACCCGAGGCUAUUCGAUCACUUCUCUGCCGUUGCCCAGCGCCUUGGGAUCUACACGGCCAAUGACUACGCGGACAUUCUGGAGGUACUGAUCGAGCGGUGGGGGUUGGAGAAGGUGGAGGGAUUGACGGGGGAGGGGCGACGGGCUCAGGAUUUCGUUUGUGGGUUGGCGCCGAGGAUUAGGAAGCUUCAGGAGCGAGCCGAUGAGCGGGCUAAGAAGUUGAAGCCCCAUGGGGUCAAGUUUAGCUGGAUUUUUAAUAAGGAAAUUCCCAUUCUCUCCUAGGUGGUUGUUCAGUUGUUAGCUUUGUUUUCGCUUCGUGUAAAAUUAAAAUUAGAAUUCUAAACUCCACAAAAUAAAAAAAAUUGAAAUUUUGUUUAGUAGAAUGAAUGGUCUGUCUUCCUAAGGAAAAGAAGUUUAUGAUAAAUAAGAAACCGCUAAAAACUAUGACAUUUCCAUAAA